AUGUCCGACAACACGCAAAAAGCAACACUGGCCGCGGGCUGCUUCUGGGGAGUUGAGCACCUGUUCCGCAAGCAUUUUGGCAAUGGAAAAGGCCUUGUCGAAGCUAAAGUAGGCUACUGUGGUGGAUCGACGUCCUCCCCAUCGUAUCGAGCUGUGUGCACUGGAAAUACUGGCCAUGCCGAAGCUGUUCAAUUAACCUUUGACCCCUCGGUCGUCAGCUACAGCUCCCUGUUGGAAUUUUUCUACCGCAUGCAUGAUCCCACGACCAAGGACCGCCAGGGCCCUGACGUCGGCACACAGUACCGCAGUGCGAUCUUCACACAUGGCGAGGAGCAGCACAAGAUCGCGGAGGAAAUCACGGAUAAAGUCUCCAAGCAGUGGUACAAGCAGCCUGUCACAACGCAGAUUAUACCUGCAGGCCAGUGGUGGGAUGCCGAGGAGUACCACCAGCUUUACCUAACCAAGAACCCAUCGGGCUACGAAUGUCCUGCUCAACACAUCUCUCAUCACAACCGGGAAUCUCCAACAGACUGGCUCAAUAUCUCGAUCCUACCGACAAUGGCGGUGUAUACCAUUGAUGGGGCCAUGGCUGAGGCCUUGGGCCAUCUGAAUCGCAUUGCCUGUCACUUCCGCAAGCAUGAGCAACACAAGCCAGCCAACGAACUGGGAAAGUUGAGCAUCAUGGUCGUCAAUGCCUUCUCUGAGGGAAUCGAGCAUAUUCCAGAUAGCGACUACGUGCUCGAUGACGGGCUCCCUACCAGGAUCGUGGGUGCCGAAACCCAGCAGACCAUGCGUCAUGACACAAUCCAGAAGCAAGCUGUUGCUGCUCUUAUGAAUGAGGUUGAGAAGGAGAACAAAGAGCCGGCCAGGGGUCACGGCAAUAGAGCUGGAAGCUGGGCUCAAAUUGCCGGGUCCAUGGCGAAGGUUCAGUGCCAACCAAAGGAAACAUUGCACUACCUGUCGCCUAUGUCAAUGUCGUCUGUUUCCGGAUCCAAGCAGAGUCACAGCAUUGAUGGCGAGAAUGAUCCGAGAGCCAUGGAUUUCUCGGGGGCAGCACUCUCACCAGAGAUAGCUGAAGCCAAAGCGGGCGUCGUACGUAUUUACGGCAGGGUCGCCAGGGAGGCGAUCCGCUUCAUCACCACCCGUAUCCACGAAGGUCCCCUGCAGGAAAUUCGGGUCGAGACGAACGAAAGGACCCGAGUCACCUUUCAAUAUGCCUCUCAUGCACUUGCCUUUGUGAAGUCGAACCAGGAGAUGGAGGAGAUGCUCGGAUACGGACGCUUUGGCACCGGAUACAAUGUCGAGAUCGCCGAGAUCAUCGAUUGGAACGAUGAUCACCGUCGGAUGAACCAGCCCAUCCGAGAGCGUCGGCGCCUGUCUUUCGCAAGAAAGAGGCUCUUUGCCGAUAACAUGUCGCCGGAGAAAUGGAAGUCGGACAUUCGUGCCGUCGCUGGACUCGGCAACAUCGACUUCCUCUGGGUCUUCAACUCUGGAAAUGCUACUGCCGUGUUCACAAGCACUGCCGUUGCUCGCAGAGUCCUGGAGGCCUUCAACAAGUGGAAAGACACCCGUGCUGUCUACAGUGGUGUUUCGGUGACUUACUCCUCGGAUCCCUGCGAAAAGGAGUUGGUUUUGGUCAAGGAUACAGCACGCCCAGGCUUUGCCAAGAACUUGAACUUCGUCAAGAAAUCCAUGCGCUGA